AUGGGCCUUAAUGCUGUUGAUGCUGUUCUUUUCAAGUGCGCUCCAAACGAACCUAUUUGGAUCUCUACAGAUGAAUCUUCAGAUGUUCAUAUUCGCCAAAAGCGUGUUAUUAAUUUAAGGAAUGAAAGAGAUGGACCAUUACAUAUUAGAGGUGUUCCCUACGUUGUCCAGAUUCUAAAAGAUAAUAUUACGGUGUGUGCUGGUACCAUAUUAUCAGCUGUAUAUAUCUUAACUCAUCGUUCGUGUGUUCUUGCAUCACAAAUGGGGAGGUACACCGUUUUAUCUGGUACCGUGACGAGAUACAACGGAACUAUUCAUACUUUCAGAGGAAAAAUACUAGUCGUCCCUAAUCCAAGAUUAGCUUUGUAUGAAGUUCUUCCACGUAUCGACUUUCAGCAAAGUCUUAAUAGGCCAAUUGAUCUUUUUCUCGGACGUGUGCCUGAUCCAGCUUAUGGCAUUUUUAGUGGUUGGGGAUGCACAAUACCAGGGCCUUUAGAUCACGAUCCUGUAUUUCCUGAGGAGUUGAAGCAAACUCGACUAUUCAUAAUUCCACUGGCAGAGUGUAUUCGCCGUUACCAGGGACGCGCAAUUAUUUCAGAUAGGAGUAUUUGUACUCUUGAUGAAACAAAAAGAAGAGGAACUUGUAUUGACGAUGUAGGAGGUCCUCUUGUGCUCAGAUUGCCUCCACGAUAUGUUCAUCAACUGCUUGGUAUUAUGUCCGAGCAGAGAGCAGAGGAAUUUGGAAUAGAUCCUGAUGUUUUUAUCAAUCUUAAUCGUCAGGAAAUUCAUCAUUGGAUAAUUCAUGCAAUUCAAAAUCAAAACCAUCCUUUUAAUUGA